UCUCCACAGUGCCACGAGGACGCAGCAGGUGUGCAGCUUGUAGACUGUAAUAGAGAAAGUGUGUAACGUAAAGAAAGAAAAGAGAGGAUAGUGGUAAAAUGAGAGCUGUGUGUGUUUGGUUAUGUGUGGUGCUCUGGACAUGCAGCCCUGACGCUGCAGCAGCAGCAGCAGCAGCAGCAGCGGGACAGUCACUCAACGACUCCUCACUUCUGGGAGAGGGGAUGUUUUCUUACACGGAGCAUUUCCUGAACGUUUCGGGGCGGCUGGAUAACCGGACCUCUGGAUUCUUCCUCCUGGACUUUGACGAGGGGAUGCUGGAGGACUGGCGCUCUCUGGCGAGUAAGAAGCGCCGCGGCGGGGAGUCGCAGGACAGGAGGGUCAAGGUGCUGCUGGUGGCCGCGUACUCUCUGAUCAUUGUGAUCUCCCUGUUCGGGAACACGCUGGUGUGCCAUGUGGUGAUGAAAAACAAGCGCACCCAGUCCGCCACCAGCUUGUUUAUUAUGAACCUGGCUGUGGCUGAUAUCUUCAUCACUGUCCUCAACACGCCAUUCACCCUGGUCCGGUUCGUGAACAGCACCUGGGUGUUUGGAAGAACGAUGUGUCACAUUAGUCGCUUUGUGCAGUACUGCUCCCUGCACGUCUCCACGCUCACACUCACUGCCAUCGCUCUGGACCGUCGGCAGGUGAUUUUACAUCCUUUGAGGCCUCGCAUGUCCCUGACACAAGGCGGUGUGUGGGUUGGUGUUAUCUGGAUAAUGGCCAGCUGCUUCUCCCUCCCUCAUGCAAUCUACCAAAAACUACUGACUUUUACAUACAGUAAGGAAAAGGAGCGCAGCCUGUGUGUCCCAGACUUCCCAGAGCCCUCAGAUGUCUACUGGCAGUACAUUGACCUCCUGACCUUCAUAUUACUCUACAUGCUACCACUCCUCAUCAUCACCGCCUCCUACACCACAGUGGCCUGCCGGCUGUGGCGUCACAAUGCCAUCGGUGACACCACAACAGCUCAGCACGCUGCCCAGAGAAGAAAGCGGCGGCGGACAUUAGCCAUGUUGCUCCUGGUGGUCGGGGUGUUUGCCGUCUGCUGGUUCCCUCUCAACUGCUACGUGGUGCUGCUGUCCAGCCAGGCCAUCCACUCCUCUAACGCUCUGUACUUCUGCUUUCACUGGCUGGCUAUGAGCUCCACCUGCUAUAACCCUUUCAUCUACUGCUGUCUGAAUCCCACCUUCCGCCAAGAGCUGAGGCUGCUCUUCGACAUGUGCAGGAAGAGGCGGAGGGCGGUGGUUGGGCUGGAGCCAGAGCUCCGCCCUGUUGCUGCUCCUUGUCACAGGACUGCCUGGCCCGACAACCACGAGUCCUCAGGGCCAAGGCACACCUUAUCACACCCGGGCCACUCCUCCUCACAGCAGAGUCACGCCUCCUCCAGUCAGUCCCACAACAUCAAAGAUACACACGUGCUCUUCACGGCCAGGCAUGUCCUCACAGGAAGAACUGACAUCCUCUCAGUCGAGCCCAUUGUGGCUGUCAGCUGACAGGGAACAUGGGAUUGUGCUGUUUGAGAUUCUUAAUCCUAUUUUAGGAUUUCAUCAUGUUCCAAAGAGGAAAUCAGAGAUCUCAGAGAUGUAUGGCUGAGACUUCACGCGGUUGUGAUGGCAGGAGAGUGAGAGGACAUGGUGAUGGCUUUAAAAGGAAGAAACUCAUGUUGUUUUAUCCACCUUUACGUUCUGCUUCUCACUCAAUUUAGGCAUCAGCCCUUAAAAGUCCAGUGUGUAGGAUUUAGGGGGAUACAGAAAUUGAAUGUAAUAUUCAAAGUUUUCAUUAGUGUAUAAUCACCUGAAACAAGUAACUGUUGUGUUUUUGUUAACUUAGAAUGACCCAUUUAUAUCUAUGGUUUUCCUCCAUGGAGUCCACCAUGUUGAUCUAUAGUAGCCCAGAAUGGACAACCCAGCUCUAGAUGGGGCCGUUUGCAUUUUUGCGGUGGCCCCCAUAGUCCUAAUUACAAGUUUCAGUUGGUUGCAAUCUGCAACCUCACCCCUAAAUGACACUAAAUCUUACAUGCUAGACCUUUAAAGCAUUACCAGCUGUGCUUGAGCUGUCGAUCGUUUCACACAAUCUUCAUCAGCAAAUGGAGUUUGGCCAGUUUAUCAUGUUCAAA